GUCAUACGAUCAUAGCGUAGUUAUCGUGAGAACGGUUUCAGAAGCACUCGAAAAGUCAAAAAGUUGUAUUUUCAGUGAAUUUCCCCUUUUAUUUUUACUGUUUUUUAUUUAUUUUUUUGAGACAUUUCGGAAAAUUGUGUUCAACAACCUUUUUGGGACUAUUUUAUGGUUUAUCUAAAAUAAAUCGCUACCAAAUUGUUUUUUUGGCGCAGUGCUCAUAUUUAGCAAUAAAGUAGAAAGUUGCACAUUCCUGCUGCAAAAAAAAAAUUGCAAAUAUGAGCGAAAAAUUGUGGAACAGCAGCCAGCUGAGGAGGUACGAUCUCGAUUUGGAGCAAAUCCCCCGGCUGCACUAUACCGACCCCAAGGUGGAUGAGUUAAUUAGUCAAAAUAAACCUGUGCUAAUAACCGGUUCAAACAUAAUCAAUACUGCCACAAACGUUUGGACUCCAGAAUACUUAGAAGAGAAUCUAGGCAAUGCCGGUCAUACAGUAUUUCUAUCAAAAAAUCAUAAAUUUAAAUACUUUGACGAAUCAAAAAUGCUAAGCAGAUCAAAUCCUAUGGGUAUUGAAUUUAUUCCACCUACAAGAAAAACUAGGAUGAAAGUUGGAGAGUUUAUGAAAAAAUUACGGGAAUGGAAGCCCGGCAAUGAGAGGUUGUACCUUCAGCAACCCUUAAAUAACACAAUUGGGCCGCAAUUAGUGCGCGAUUUUCUCCAUUUCGAUUGGGAUUAUUUAAAUAGCAAACAGGAAAAACACAAAUGGGGCGAGCUAACGUCCAAUUUGCUGCUCAUAUCGCAAGAGGGCAACGUGACUCCAUGCCAUUAUGACGAACAACAAAACUUUUUCGGUCAACUUUACGGAUACAAGAGAUGCAUUUUGUUCCCUCCAAGCGAUUUUGAAUGUUUGUAUCCGCACCCGGUUCAUCAUCCACAUGACAGGCAGAGCAUGGUGGAUUUUGAUAAUCCAGAUCAUGUGAGAUUCCCAAAAUUUAAAAACGCCAAAGGUUUUGAAACUGUCGUGGAGCCCGGGGAUGUGCUGUACAUCCCAAUUUACUGGUGGCACCAUGUCGAAUCUUUGAUGAGAGGAGGUCCAACGGUAUCAGUUAAUUUCUGGUAUAAGGGCGGCUCGACACCUUUCAAUCAACAAUACCCCCUAAAAGAUUACCAAAAAAUAUCGAUAAUGCGAAACGUGGAAAAAAUGCUGUUGGGGGUGCUGCAAGAUCCGAAAGAGGUCGGACCUUUGCUACGCUCGAUGGUAUUGGGCAGAUACACCGAUUGACUGAUCCUUUUUUUAAAAUUUUCACUCGUAAUUCGGUAAAAAGGUUCUUGGUGCUCAAAAAAUGUAUAUAAUGUCGUCUAACGAAAACGUAUUUCUUUUUUGGGAUUUUUUGAGUUUAAGAAUCUAGUUUUAGACUGUGAUUUGUACUAAUGCAAUACGCAUCAUUUAGGUAGGAGCAAACGUGUUACAUUUCGUGGAUUGAAUAGGGUUUUUAGGGGUAGUUUAUGUAUAUAUUGAGGUGAAACCGCACGUUUUAUAUCGCGUUUUAAUCCUUAAUUUUCUGCUUUAUUGUAUAGUUUUAUAAAAUUAUUGGAUAAAACCCUUCCAAUACUAAAAUUGUAAUUGUGAAGAAAGUGAUUAUUCUUUAAUAGUCAUCGUUGCGGUAAUUAUUUUAUUUUAGUGUAUAAGGGAAUUUUUUGGGUAGUUUUGAUUGAGUCAGAAUGGAUCCCAAAAUACAGGGUGAACCAGACAUGGAUUUGCUAUAGAUGUUUAUUUCCUUUAAUAGUUAAAUUAUCAAAUAUGGUGAUACAUUACUUAUUUUAAUCACCAAAAUAGCCUUAAGUUUCUAGUUUUAUAUGGCAUUCGGUUCAUUUUAGCUAAAUCCUAUGGAUUUUUGAUUUUACUAGUAAAUCUUAAGAACGAACCCCCAGUUAUCAAUUCAAAGCCUGAUAAUCGUGUUCUUUGAACUAGUUGCGUCCUUAAUAAUAAUUCUUAUUAUUUUUAUAAUAUUCUUACCAAAAUAUUUAAGUAUUUUUUUCCUACUAUGGUAUACCAGUUACACAUUUAUUUAUUACUUAAUUUUAAAUUAUAUUCUUAUUAGAUUAUUAGCACAUCACAUGUAUGUUUUAUUAUAGAGUGUGAGUGUAAAUAAAAAAAAAAAUUAUAGAUGUUUUCUUGCGACUGAUUAGACAAAUACAUUAAUUUGAAAUUG